AGUAUGGUAAAUGUGUUUAUGAAGGAGAGCUGGAGAGGACUGCCACUGUGCCACAUGGGGAAUAGUUGUCUAGGAAUUGUAAAAAAGACCUCGUGACGCUAAAAUGACAACAUUAUGUGUGCUGCUCGAGCACGCCUCGGGCUAUGGCCUGUUCAGAGUGAAAGAAUUUGAAGAAGUGGGCACAUUUUUGCCUGAAGUAGAGGAAGCAGUUACUGAACCUAGCAAGUUUAUGCAGGUGGUGAAUUUAAUAGGCUUUAAAGCCUUCACCUCUGCUGCAUCUGCCCUUGGAAAUAUCAAUGCCAUAACUGAAGGUGUGCUAACAGAGGAACUCUCUGCCUUUUUGGAGACCACCGUCCCAAAACCUAAGAAGAAGAAGCGGGUCCAGUUAGGUGUGACUGAUCCUAAGUUAGGCGCUGCUAUCAAUGAAGCCUUGAAGAUCCCAUUUACACACACAGGAGUUGUUCCUGAAAUUAUUCGUGGUAUCAGGACACACUUAACCCACUUUGUAAAAGGCCUGACUCCAGCAUCUAUGAAACAAACUGAGCUUGGUUUAGGCCACUCAUACUCAAGAGGAAAAGUUAAGUUCAAUGUCAACAGAGAAGACAACAUGAUUAUUCAAAGCAUUGCUUUAGUUGAUCAACUUGACAAGGAUAUCAACACAUUUGCUAUGCGUAUCAAAGAAUGGUACUCCUACCACUUUCCAGAGCUCGCCAGGAUAAUUACUGACAAUUAUCAGUAUUCAUUGUGUGCCAACUACAUCAAGGACCGCAAAAGUCUUAAUGAAGAGUCUCUGGAAAAAUUAGAGGAGAUUUUAAUGGACUCUGCCAAAGCUCAGGCCAUAUUAGAUGCUGCUAGAAUGACGAUGGGUAUGGACAUUUCCCCUAUUGACUUGAUGAAUAUUGAACGGUUUGCAAAACGAGUGAUUGGAUUAUCAGAAUAUCGCAAACAACUGGCAACAUACAUGAAGGGCAAAAUGGCGUCUGCAGCACCUAAUUUGGCAACACUUAUAGGAGAAGUGGUAGGUGCUCGCCUUAUCUCCCAUGCUGGAUCAUUGACCAACCUAGCUAAAUAUCCUGCUUCAACUGUACAGAUCCUGGGAGCUGAGAAGGCCCUGUUUCGUGCCAUUAAGACCAAGAGCAAUACUCCAAAAUAUGGCCUCAUCUUCCAUUCCUCAUUUAUUUCACGUGCUGGGACAGCUAACAAGGGAAGAAUCUCUCGUUACUUGGCCAACAAGUGCUCCAUUGCAUCAAGAAUUGAUUGUUUUACAGAAAAUUUGACUACAGUGUUUGGUGAAAAACUACGUGACCAAGUUGAAGACAGACUAAAGUUUUAUGAGACAGGAAACAUACCUCGAAAGAAUGCCGAAGUUAUGAGUGAAGCACUUGUUGAACACAAUAAUUUGUUGGAUAAAGAAAAGAAGACAAAGAAACGUAAGCAUGAGGACGUAAAUGGUGAAGCUGUUGACAAUGAAGGAGAUACAGAAGAAAUCCCAAAGAAAAAGAAGAAGAAGACCAAACAGCCUGUAGUUGUGGAAGCAACAGAAGACGUUGCUGCCGAACCAGAAGAGGUUGUUGCUGCUGAACCACAAGAGCCUGCAGAAAAUGGUUCUGUAGAGAAGAAAAAGAAGAAGAAGAAAAAGAAGGCACAAAAUAUUGAAAUGGGGGUAAAUGGUGAGGAAGAAUUAGUGCAAGAGGUGCAGGCUGAGGUGAAUGGCGGAGCAGAAGAGCAACCAAUGGAGGUGGUGCCAGAAGCAGGAGUUGCAAAGAAAAAGAAGAAGAAGAAGAAGCAGAAGCAAGAAGUGACUGCUGAUUAAACCUCUUAUACUGAUAGGUCUAGAACAUAUAAUAAUUCAGAUCUAUACCUGCAUAGCCUUCUACACAAAAUUUAUACAGUAUAUGAUGGGUGUCUCAACUAGAAAGCAAGACAUCAUUAUUGCUUCUCAUGGUAAAACUUUUUCUAGUUCUUUAGAUAUUUUCUAGGUUCUUUCACAUUACUAUAAUUUCAGCUUUCAAGAAGGUUUUUCUUCAGAAAUUAUUGAUGAAUGAAAAUAGGAAAUGUAAUGUAAUGUAUUUUGUCAUGGAUAAUGUGUUUCAAAAAUAUAACUUACAAAAUUACAAUUUUUUUAAUAACUUUGUAAUUUAAUUUGUCCAGUCCUGCUUAAGACAUGGAAUUAAAAUUGGUACUGUAUGUAACUUAAUUUGUCCAGUCCUGCUUAUGACAUAGAAUUAAAAAUUUUACUGUAUUAAACAUGAACAUGAGUUUGGAGAAUGAUGGUGUGGGAUGUGGGUCGGCUGGUGCUCGCUGGUAACACUACCUUGAUGGGCCACUUAAAGGGUGGUUGUACAGUUUGGGGGCAGCAGUGUUAGGUGGUGACUGGCAUUAAGUGAAUUUUGAGGAGAUACAAUACUUCUUGGUGUAAGGUGUAGAAAUAUGCCAAAUAAUAUUUGAGCCCUCGAUGUGAAAGGGGAGUACCAUAGCGGAACACGGUUAUGGCAGCAGUAAGAAUGAUUGAAUGAAUGUGUGCACCUGUUUUUAUUUUAGCCAUCCUGGAUUAAGCAGAAAGACUUAAGCUACUUGUUAAAUGGUUAAUUUGUUUGAAGUACCUGUAUAUUGUUUUUCUUUGAGAUUAAAUAUAGUUUUAUUAAAAUAGUUGAAACUGCAUUUACAAGCAAAAGUACUUUGCCCUGUCUGUGAUUUCCAGCAUCAUACUGUGAACCAUACGCAUCAUUAAAUCAUUGGUCACAUAA